UGCUGCAAGCAGACACAUUGACAAUCGUAAAGCUUUUUAACCGCUGAAGCUGGUCAACUUCUUCGUCCUCUUACAACCAUGAAGCUCGGUCUCUGUUUCUUGCUGGUACAAGUUAUUGUGUUGCUCUCUGUGGCCUUGGCAAAGAAGGACAAGAAUAGUUAUGAGAGCCAAUCAGGCAACGAGUCAUCUGAUAACGACAAUCGAAACCGAGUUCGUUGUUUGGAGUUAAAUGAUUCUUGUGAAAGAGUUAGGAAUGGCGUGUACGGACUGUGUACCGGCUGUAACAGUGGACAAUAUAUCGUUUGUGCCAAUGGAAGAAAACAAGUUAGAAGCUGCCCAAAGUUACCACCUCUCGGUACACAGCUGGUGUAUGAUGCCUACAGAAGAUCAUGUCGACGCACUUGUCAAGACGUCACUACUACUACCACUACAACUACAACUACAAGCUACCAGGAGACACCGGGGACGAUCUAAAGCCAGGCAAUAAUGGAAGUUUUACAAUGGCAUAACGCGAAUAAAUAAUUGGACAAUCUGUAAAUCCCAUGUCGUAACAAAUUAAUAAUUGUUUUAAGAAAAAAAGUGUAAUUUUAAUGUAAAAAAAUACCAGCCUUCAUUAAUGUAUUCUUUUUACCCAGUUUUUUUUAAAAAGUCUUUUAAAUAAACAAAUUAAACGUUAAUUAAAAAAAAAUCACUACUGGACAA